UUCAGUCGAGUACAUGACGCUCUCCGGCUGUAGAAAUUAAUGACAAUUUAAUCCAAAUAAUUAAAUAAUUUUAUCUGACGCGUUUUUCUAAGUUUUGAAAAUGAAAAUACUUUAUUGCUUGGUUUGGUCGUGUCUUCUCAUUUUUGUGAAUUGUGAUUCGCUGAUAGUUAACACAAAAAGUGGUCCAGUGAAAGGUGUCUUGCAACGAACUUGUAAAGGUGGCAAAUUAUAUAGAUCUUACCGCGGAAUUCCCUAUGCAGAGCCUCCAAUCGGUGACCUUAGAUUUGAAGUGCCGAUACCAAAAAAAUCAUGGCUUGAAACACUUGAUGCCAAAGAAUAUAAACCCGCCUGCUGCGUACUCAAUCAAUCUGUUGCGUUUCCACUAAACACAACGCAAUCGGAAGAUUGCCUGUACCUAAAUAUUUUCGUUCCCGUAAAAGCGAAACAGGAUUGUUUGCUUCCUGUAAUGUUCUUCAUUCAUGGCGGUGCAUACACUGAAGGCGACGGUCAAAGCGGGUACUAUGGACCUGAACCCAUUAUGGAAGAAGGAGGUGUGAUUUUGGUAACCAUUGAUUAUCGUUUGGGUCCGUUAGGAUUCAUGAAUUUUGAAAUGUGUGGUUUAACGGGUAACAUGGGGCUUAAAGAUCAACAACUUGGAUUAAUAUGGACCAAACGUAAUAUUAGGCGAUUUGGUGGGAAUCCAGAUGCCAUUACUGUUUUCGGACAGAGCGCUGGUGGAGUGUCAACUCACUUACAUGUUUUGAAUAAACACUCUAGAAAAUGUAUUAAUAGAGCAAUAUGCAUGAGUGGUACGGCAGUCAGUUAUUUUGCACAUUAUUCACCAAAUCAUCAGUUGGAACUUAUGUAUGAUGUUUUUAAAGAUGAACUGAAUGGUGCUAGAAAUCCAAAAGCACUUUAUAAAUUAUUGAAGACUAUUCGUCUCGAAUUACUUCUAGAAAAAACACCGGCCUAUGUACUUAAUAUAAAUGUGUUCAUAUUGUAUUGGACACCAGUUAUUGAAAAUAAGAAAAUUGCAAAAGAUCCAUUUUUAACAAAACCACCACGAAAGAUUUAUCAAGAAACCCAUAUUCAUACGCCAAUCGUAUUCGGUGUCACAAGCGCUGAACUGUUGUCUCUAAUGAUGCCACAAAGUUUAUAUUUUUGGUUUGAGAGCUUGAAAAAUAGUUCGAGUAUUAUAUUACCUUUCCAUGGAUUGACUCUGCCACAAAAUUCUUCGUUAUACAUAUCUUCACAACGAAUUAUCUAUGAAUUCUAUUUUGGAAAACAUGGCAUCGAACAAACUGACUAUUAUUUGAAUCAAUUUGUGCAGAUGGUAUCUGAUAUUGUCUUUGUUUAUCCAUUUUACGACGCAAUGCGACUGCAUAAAAAUGCUAAAACAUUUUGCUAUCAUAUGAAUUUGGACUUGAAUUUGAACUUUGUGAAAAUAGAAAGGAGCCUACAGAUGAUUCACGGAAUGGGUCAUAUAGAAGAGAUGCCAUAUUUGUUUCAUUCCUAUGCGCACCAAGAACUGUACGAUAAUAUUAAACAAAAUCCAAACGACCCAAAAAACAUACAAACGGAACAUGCAAUGAAAAUUGUGCCAAAAUACUUUAUUGAUUUUGCUAAAUCGGGUACAAUGGAUAAAUGUGGACGAGUCAAAGGGGAUUCUAUUAUCUGUACUGAUUUCACGAAUAAAGGUUUGGAAUUAAUUCGGAAACCGAAGAAACAUGCGAUGAAUAUGCUGAAUAGAAUCUACGAACGUGUUAAACCCUGGAUUGUUGAUCAAUUUUAAAAUGAAACUUGGGCGCAUUUCAAGCCAAUUUGCAUCGAGCAUGUGUUUUUGACAUUAAGCAAUGGCAUGCAUUUCUUUAUAAAAUU